AGCUAUUUCCGGGUCACGUCUCGGUGCGAACCUUGCUAAGCAAGAUGGAUUAUUGGAAUGAACCCAAGGUGUUAUAUGAGUUUUUUUUUAAAUAAACACGCUUAUUCUUGAAGCUGAUGAGAAAUGGCAGGGGUGUUUCUAGCCACACUCUACGAGUACUCUCCGCUCUUUUAUAUUAGUGUGGUGUCGCUUUGUUUCGUUGUAACCGCUGCUAUGGUCCUCGGCUGGUUUGGCUUUGACGUUCCAGUUAUACUUCGCAGCUAUGAUGAGCAAGAGCCCAGCUUACCAGCCGCUGAGAAACAGAUGGUUCAGGUGACCAAUCCCUUCGCCCUGGAGUUGGGUUCUGGAUCAGCAAGUGUUACCGACGGUGUGCUGGUGAGACCUUGUUGUCUGGAGUCCUGUGUCCUGAGCUGUUUCUGGGGCUGUGAGGUCAGUACCCUACAAGGAGUGCUACAUGCCCACCAGCAUGGCAUGAUGCUCAGCACCCACCAGCAUUUCCAGGAAGCCCUGAACCUCCACUACUAUUAUUGCCAGAAAUUCCAUAUCAGCAGUGAAGAUAGAGCGGAGCGGCACACACAGAUCCCCGCUGAUCAGGGCAUCACUGAUUUUGGACCACUGCCAAGACAUCGCUACCCUCUCGUGGCUGUGCUGACCCUGGAAGAGGCACAAGACAGACACUUGAACGACAUUGUGGCUAGUGUCAUAGUUAUUCAUGUUCCUGAUGACAAAUACAAGCUUUCUGCACGGAUUCUCUUCCAGUAUCUCCUCACCUCACAAGGGAGCAUGUACGAGUUAAAGCCUCUUUUCAUGUCUGCUGACAGUGGGGGGAUGUCUGGGUCUGCUGAUUCGGGGCACACUUCCACACCCAGUGACACUCAGAGCGAGGAUCAGAUCCCAGUGAUGGAGGAGGAGGACUGGUCAGAGGGGACGGAGGGCAGAGACUGUGUGGUGUGUCAGAAUGCAGCAGUGAACAGGGUGCUGCUGCCCUGCAGACAUGCCUGCAUGUGUGACAGCUGCGUGUCCUUCUUCCAGCACUGCCCCAUCUGUAGAGCCUUUGUCCAGGAGUCGUUUGCACUGACACAGAGCAAUGACUGUCAGUGAACUGGUGAACAUGAUAAAAGAGAUGGCCAGAAGGAUCUGUCGCCUGUGUGACAGGUGUUUUGGUUAGCAGCAGAUCAGACCUGUGUGUGCUCCUUUAAGGUCUGGUGGCUUUCUUUAAAACAUUCUCCAGGACUUUACAGCGUUACCCAACUUCUGCAGUGCUUCAGCUAGCCUCUGGGAUAGUUUCUUUUCUACGAGUGACACUGCCUCCACCAUACAUGGAAGGAUGUUCUCGGGUUGUUCUGCAGUACUUUUGUUACACUAAACAGUUCCUUAUGUUCACUCAGUUCUUCAGCAAACAGGAGUGUUCACAGUAAUAUUGUGACGUUUUCUGGCUCCUCUUGCUGAAAGUGGCAUCACUGUGACCGCUUAUGUUGUGGUUGUUACUCACAAAAGUAAUGGAUUAGAUAUUACUUGAUAAACUUCCUAAAAGUAAUACAGUAUAUUGCUUAUAUUCACCACUUUUGUGUUACUCCAUAAUUGUCUUAUAGUUACCAGUUAAUAAUUUAAAGCUACAGUUCUGCACAACAUGCAUACGAGCUGUGUUGUACUUUGGACAUAUGAACACAAAAACAGCCCAGAGUGAUGGCCGGGGUGAUUCUGUGGUAGAAACAGGUGGAAAUGGAAGCUACAAGGUUAUUGUUGGCUUUGUUUUUCUUGUCCUUUAAUUCAAUAAAAAGAUUGACAGCAUUGACGAGUGCAGGUCUGGACAAUCUCUCCAGUUUCCACCUCCCAGAAACGAGCUGAUUCAGCUGACUGUAGAGUGGUCAUGCAGGGUAAAGAGCCACUGUAAUGUAAAUAAUAACAUAAUUGUAAUUAAUUACUAAACAUGAUGACUAAAAACAUGGAAACUGGUUACAGUAACUUGUUACAUCACUGCUUGCCAGAGUUUAGUUUCACUGUUGAUGCUCAUUAACUAAACUCUGGAACAUUGUCCAGCUCCAUCUUCUGAGUUCUGUGUCAAACUACACAGCAAAACUUUGAUGCAUUAGAAGGAACAGCACACAUUUUCACUUCUAGGAUAAUACCCAACUUUAUUUAUCCAUGAUAAUUAAACUGCAGGUGUUUCUGUAAGACUUAAAGACCUUGAUGACCUCUAAUUUCUUGUUUGCUUACUCUGGAUGGCAUUAUCAUAUCAAACGUAGACUGAGCCCAUGUUUGACGUUUGUUUUUAUAUUUUCUCUCAGUCUUUUAUUUACAGCAUGUUUUAAGUGAUGAUAUAAUGGGGGAAUAUGUUUUAUAUGAGCAGUGUGCAGCCUGCUGUACUAAAAUCAGUGCGUCGCAUGGUCACAGGAACAUGCGUGUAUUAAUUUGGUGAUUUAUUAAAUGUAUGAAUGUUGUACUUGAUUCUAAUCUGCUGUUGAGUCUCUUACACUGAUGGAAAUAAUGCAGAUAACACAGAACACACAUCACGAACAAUCGUUCAACCAAUCGCAUUCAUUUCACUUUGACCUGCGACAAACUGCAGCAUUCAUCUCUUUUACAACAGUGUUGCGUUUGACUGCUAUAUUUUUAUGUUCUUUACGAUGCAGGUUUUCCCAUCUCUGGAAUAGUUGGCAGUAAUAAGGAUGAUUUUAUGUUGAAGAACACAGAUAUGACCAUUAGAUUACUUUGAUGCUUUCAUGUGUCCAUGCUGGGAAACCCUGGGUUAACUUGAGCUCCUGUUUAUCCUGGGGUCAGCGAUUCCAGAUAAUGGAAAGAUAUCCUGGAUAUGCCAUCCUCGCUCCAUGGUGUACAGGGCUCUGAGGCAGCAGCUGGACUGCCUGUUUAACCUCAUGAUUAUUAUUCACAAUAAAAUAUUAGUCUGUUUGUGUUACACUAACAAGCCUGGUACAGUUAAACCAAAC